AUGGCACCUCCUGUGGGACCAACGGGAACUCAACUCGAACGAAAGCAAUGGUCCUUUGCGUUUGCUCUUGUGACGUCCCUAUGUUUCACCUGGGGUUUUGCGUACGGUCUCCUUUCUGUGCUCAACGCACACUUCCAGACCGUAUUCGGUAUUACCAAGUUACAGAGUGCUUUUUUACAGCUGGCAUACUUUGCAAGUGGUGCUUAUUUCGUAUGGGCACCAUGUGCUAGUGUAAUUAUUAGACGGGUGGGAUACAAGAAAGGCAUCCACGUUGGCCUUGGCUUGUACUCGAUUGGUGCCAUAUUCUGCUGGCCAUCAGCGAAAUUCGAGUCGUAUGGAGGGUUCGUUGGGAGCAUAUUCGUAACUGGGUGCGGUCUUUCAACACUCGAGGUUGCUGCCAACUCCUACAUAACUGUGCUUGGGGCACCUCAGUAUGCUGCGGCCCGUUUGAACUUCAGUCAUGGAUUUCAAGCUGUCGCAACCUUUGCCGGACCUUUGAUUGCUUCACGCUGGUUUUUCACUGGUGCUAAUGCGACAAGUCUUGGAACCGUACAAUGGUUUGUCCCGGUCGCUGGCUCCGGCAUAGCACUUCAUAUCCUGUUCUUCUUAUGCGACCUACCUGAAAUCAUAGAUGACCCUUUGGCUGACGAGAUAGACGACUCGGAGGUCGGGAUAAUAUACAGCCCAGGUCCUCUGUGGAAGCAAUACCACUGUGUCUUGGGGUUUGUUGCCCUGACUGCCUACUACGGCGCACAAGUAACGGUCGCCUCUUUUGCAGUCAACUUUCUCGUAGACCAAAAAGUUGGUAUUACCCAGUCAAAGGCUAGUCAGCUCCUCUCGUUCUGCCAGAUCACCUUCACCAUAUCACGGUUUAUUGGUGUUGCGAUACUUAACUUUAUCGAUCCCGCCUUAUUGUUAGCCUUCUACGGGUUUUGUUGUUCGCUGUUCUGCCUCCUGGUUUCCCAGCUUCCAGGUUAUCGUGCUGUCGGGUGUCUUUUCUGUCUCUUUUUCUUCGAGUCCAUUUGCUAUCCCUGUAUAUUCACCCUAGGUACGAAGAACCUUGGAGUCCAAACCAAGCGGGGCACCGGUCUGAUCGUUCAGGGUGUUGUGGGUGGGGCUUGGUAUCCUCUGGCACAAGGUGCUCUCGCCGACAAAACAUACACCCGUCACUCGUAUCUUGUUCCAAUGUCAGGCUUCAUUGCCGUGACCAUUUAUGCCGCCGGUAUUGUUGUCGACCAGGCGAUAAAGGGCGGAUUCACAUUCCGCAUCCGCCACGACCCCUCCGCCACACACGCAGCUGAUUGCUGUCUAACCAAGCUCCCCGGUGACGCUAAAGCACGCUCAAACGAUGAAAAGAGGGUAUCCAGUGACGAAUUGAUUGUGGUCGUAUGA